GUUAAGACGAACCUGGCACAAACUUUGCCGCGAGCUGAGCUCACAGCCUCCCUCCUCUCCCUUCCCUCCUCGCCUGCUGCAGCGCCGGAGCUCUUUAUUCAUCGGCUCCGCUCUGCCCGCUGCCGAGGGAGGGCACCGGCUGCUUCCACCCAAGCAGUGAAGCCCCCGGAGCGAAGGCUCCUCGCCCCUUCUGCUGUUGCCUGCGAAGGAAGGACAUCAGCAGUGAUGCUGCUCUGUGACAUCCCAGGAUAGGGAUAAGAGCCGUCGCUGCCAGCAAGCCAUGUGAGUGCAAGAGCAGAGGAGAAGGAAGGGCACUCUCCUGACUCCAGCUCUAAGACCGCUAAUCUUUGCUGCACAGUUCCCACUAGCUGGAAUGUGGGAUGUUCCUAGAUAAAUCACCAGCAAGCUCCUGGUCUGAAUCAUGGACUCUCGUGCCUUGUCCCAACACCACUGCCUGCUCUGAAAGAAAGCUGAAUUUUUGACUGUUCGUAAUGAGGAACUCAAAACUCCAUGCUCUUUAAGCACAGAUCAUUAGCCCAGGAUUAGGAGAGAAGACAUCCCUCAGCAAUCUGGCAAAGCAGAAAACAACCCUCCCCAGCUCACACAAGGAUAAACCACCUGCUGUGGGAGAAGGUGGCAGAAAGCUCAUUGUGCAAUUUGUUGGGAAAACAACACCAAAGCUGUGCAAACCUUUGCAGCUCAGUUUGAGAGAAGGACCAAAGCUUUUCACCUGCCAAAGAAGCUGACCUACCAAAAGAAGGACCAAAAUACUUUUAGCACAAAAUAAAAGCCAGGGGGAAGUGCAGAACACGAGUCUAAUGCUUGUUAUCAUUGUGAGAGCAACUUGCAAAAUGGUUUGCACAGUCCUGUCCCGUGCAGUGUGAACCAGCAGCCUUGACACCAAGAGGAUGGAGCACCUCUUGCUGAAGCCAUCGUGACAUCUGUCCUAAGCUGCCUCUCCUGACAUCCUUUGUGAGUCUGGUGAGGGAAGACAGGAAAUGGAAGGUAUGCAGGGAAAAUGGCCCAAAGCUGACUAACCCCCAGGCCCCAGAGAGCAAUGAGUGAGACCUAUUUCAAACCCCGUGCAAACCUGACUGGCCGUGUCCACCUUCCAACUGCGGCCACCGAAGCAGACACGGCAGCAGACAAAUACUCCGGGCUCUACGUGUACGUGGGAUUGUUCCUCACGCUCCUGGCCAUCCUCCUCAUCCUGCUCUUCUCCGUGCUCCUGCGCCUGAAGCACGUUGUUUCCCCGCUCUCCGUGUCUCCAGAGGGCACUGAGAACGCCCAGCAGUUCACAGAUGUGGAGAUGCACAGCAGGAUCCCAACCACAUAGAGACCACAAAGCAAAGAGGAGGGUUCUGUGCUUGUGAAACGUGUUUUCUUCAGCAAAACGUGGUGGAAAGAAUCUGUGGCUGCCUGUUGAGCCCCACAGCUUCUUGCACAACCAUCACCAGCAGCACAGAGCAGCUGGGGAGUGUUGUGACUCUCGGGCUGGCUGGCUGUUAACACUACAGCUAACCUGUGUGCAACACCCUCAGUCAAAUUUACACUACAGAAACCUGCUGCUGUCAGGAAACACUCAUAUCCCUCUAAAAACCUUGCAGAAAUCAUGAAGACCACAAUAAUAAAAGCCAAAAACCCAGAGAGACAUAUAGCAGAAUGUCUUGGAGCCUGUGCUUGCUGACACCUCUCUCUGCCCUUAAAUAUCUAGCUUGUGAAAGGAGUUGAAUGAACAAAGUUGAGUUGUGUAAGUGGGAAGGACCCACAGGGCACACACAGAAAUUAUCAGUGGCUUGAAUAUUCUCAGGCAUUUCUCCCAUUCAAGAAGGAGAACUUUAAAUUGCUUUUUUUCCACUGAAAUGGCAAUUACACAAUGGAGUUUUGGAAGUAUACAAAUGUUUCAUCACCUGCUGGAACUACUGCUUUUUGACACUAAAAGCCAUACAGUGAAUUGAUAUCAAGCUAGAUAUCCAAAAGAGACAGAACUUUAAAAGAGGAAAGAAAAUAAAGCCAAAAUUUAAGCAAGGUUUAAAGUAAAAAGAAAGCAUCAGCAGGAAAUGAGCAGCAGGAGAGAAAAAAUGUUAAGACACUCUACCUCAAAUAUCCUGGUGGAAUUUCCUGGAGGAAAGAAAUGUUUACUUACAUUUAUGAAGCAACAAUCUGACCCAGUCUUCUUACCUAUGAAUGAUGUUGAGAGAGGUAGGCUUUGCUUCUGUAUAUGGGAAAGAUGGAAUCAGAUAUAGGAUAUUUGAUGGUAUAUGAGAUAUCCCACUGGUCCUGGGAGCACCACUUCUUCUUACAGAAAAAACUUGAGUGAGAUUGUUUCAGCUACAUCUCUAAAGGGCAGAAAUUUUACACAGCUUAUCCUCUUUAUUACAAUCUAAUUCUAGUUCAGCAAUAAACCCCCCUGGAUGCUUUCCACAUUUAUAUACACUUAUCUGCUAAUUCUUGUCUCUCCAAGGGCUUGGAAAGUGUAAACACCUGACACAAAACCAGUCAGGAAGACACUGACUGUCACAUGGACUUGUGACAGUAACACAAAUCUGUUUCUCAAAUGCUUUGUGUACAACAGGUUCUUUGUUUCCCUUUAGAGGUCUGUACAUGGUGAGCUGUUUGGAAUAUGGCUUUUACAGCUGACUGGGGGGGGGGAGCAGAAUGACAAGUAACAUCCACACUGGACACACUUGGUCCUUGGGCAGGACUAGUGUUAUUUCUCUCUGAUGUAUGUAGUAUGAAACUAUUUAAAAUUUGCUUCCUUAUAUUGAUGAAGUUCCUUUACACUCCGUUAAUCCCCACAUAAAUUGGUUUAAUCUGUGAAUCAUAGAAUCCCAGAAUGGUUUGGGUUAGAAGGGACCUUAAAGCUCAUCUUGUUCCACCCCCUGCCAUGAGCAGGGACACCUUCCACUAGCCCAGGUUGCUCUGAGCCCCAUCCAACCUGGCCUUGAACAGUGAACUGGAACAGUGGCUGUAUAAGGGAAUCCAACAAACAGCAGUAUCUCAGCAGAAUCCACUCACAGCAGUAUCUCCCCUGCCAUGCUUGACUGUGUUUCCCUGCAAAACUGGCAGGAGACAGGCUGCCCUCCACUUUCCUGCCAUGGGGACAGUCCUGGGCAGAAUGGUGCCUUCACACACCAUCUGAAGAUUGGCUCCUCGAGGAGUGCUACUCUCAGAACUGCACAAGAGCCAACAUUUUUUGUGAUGAUCUGGAUAUUAAUCCAAUGAAGACAGAGGGAUACCAAGUUAGUCAGUGACAUUUAAAUUUAACACAAACCUAUGCAGAUCAAGUUGGCUUGGUAUGUGUCAUUCACUGAGCCAUCAUAAGGCAGCCUAGCCCAGCCUCAACAUCUGACUUGCUCUCUAAAACUUUUCCAUUUUCUUGAUAUGCCAUUCAAAAGCUACAACUUACCUAGACCAUAAAUGUUCUAAUAUACUAAAUCAGCAACUAAACCACAUUGGCCUUCCAGCACAACUAUCUGUAGAAAAGCCUUGUAUCCAAGAGGCUGCAGAACAGACAGCUUUAAUUGACAGACUUUUAUUGACAUAAAAUCUCAGAUCUACUAAUGAAAAAUGACAUUAUCAGAAUCUGAGCCAGAACCCAAACUCUGAUUGCUCUGAUCUCAGCCAAAAUGCCCCCCAAGACAGGUGUCAAGACUGAGCUUCUUUCCUUCAUACUAAAGAAUGUUACUUCAGAAAAGUCUUACAUUUCAAAACUUAUUCAGUAAAUAUAUUGUAAAUAAAUGAGCAAUCACUUUAUAUAUCAUUACAUUAUACCAGACACCAUCUUUGGGCAGACUGUGUAUUGCUAUAUGAUACUGUUAUGGAAGGUACCGUAUCUUCUAAUAAAAAAAUGACAAGUUUUCCUUUCUA